UUGUGUGCAUAAACGAAGUACUGGCGAAGCGUGAGUCAUACAAAGCUCGAAAGAAAAGAAAAGAAAAGGCGGGUUAAAAUUGGGAGCAACUACCAACUGUGCAGCUCCGCCACUCGCAAUCGGAAUUCGGAAGACAGAGACAGAGAGAUAUAGCAUCUCUCAACCAUGGCGAUGACAGUACACGCCUUGCUGGGCUAGCUUUUAUGUUUUCGGCUAGCAUUUUGCUACAGAUUCUGGCAUGUGCCAUAUACAACAAUUGGUGGCCCAUGCUAUCAGCUCUGAUGUAUGUGCUGGUACCCAUGCCUUGCUUAUUCUUUGGAGGUGGGUCCACUCAAUUUCUGAUGAGCCGUGAUGGUGGGGGUUGGAUGGAUGCUGCUAAGUUUUUGACUGGAGCAUCAGCUAUGGGGAGCAUAGCCAUUCCUAUAAUCCUUAAGCAUGCUCACAUGAUUGAGACUGGAGCAAUGCUCAUUGAGCUUGUAUCAUUCUUUAUAUUUAUAUGUACUGUUAUGUGUUUUCACCAAGCGAGCCUUGACGAUGAUUGGUAAAAACAAAUUCCAUAGAUAUGACCUUCUGCUAGUCAUUAGGGUUUGUUACCCUAAAAAAGAAAGUGUAGAGAAACUUAAUACAGCCUUGGAAACAGAAGUGUAUGAUUGAACCUCUGUAAAGUUCUGCAAGUAAUUAUUUUUUCGUCAACUUUA